AUGCGUUUCUCCGCCCUCUUCCUUGCCGGCGCCGCCUCGGCCGCCGUCAUUGAGCGCCAGACCUUGAUCACUCCUCAGGUCCCCGACGCCAGCGACAUCAAGAUCCUCGGCGUCACUGCCAUCGGUACUGGCUGCCCUGCUGGCCACGCCUUUGUCAACGUUGACGCCACUGGCACCAUCUUCGAUGUUGCCUUUGACAGAUACAUUGUCUCUGCCGGCCCUGGUACCAGCCCCGCCACUGACAGCCGCAAGAACUGCCGCAUCAGCAUCAACCUGCAGUUCCCCUCAGGAUACCAGUUCUCCGUCAUCGAGACCCGCUUCACCGGUUAUGCUUCCCUCGCCCAGGGCCAGACCGGUACCGUCCGCGCCGGCUACACCUUCUCCGGCGACCCGCGCCAGGAGGUCGUCUUCCAGAAGAACCUCGUCGCCCCUUACGAGGACAACUACAACAUGCUCGCCGGCGUCGGUGUCGAGGCCUUCUCCGCCUGCGGCAAGACCACCGCCAUCCUCAACGUCAACUCCGAGAUCCGCAUUACUCCUCUUGCGACCCCCUACUUCGGAACCAUGACUGUUAGUGCUCCCCAAAAGCUCGCGCUCAAGUGGCGCCGUUGCGUUCCCACGUCAAGCGCCUGAGUUGGCCUGCCUACUACUACCUCUCUCCACAUCACACACACACUCUUCUACCAUAACCAAUCUCCAAGGGGGAAAGAAAGAAAGAAAAGAACAAGGUCCUUCGGCGGCUCCGGGGAAAAAAACAUCACACACACACACACACACACACCACACCACUUACUAGAUACCCACCCACCUUAUCCUCCUCACCUACCUACUUAACACACAUAUUAAUCUGCCAUCAUCAUCAUCAUCACCACCACCACCAUCAUCAUCAUCAUCAUCAUCAUCAUCAUCAUGAAUGCAUUAGAGAAAAAAGAAUAGAAGGGCUAAUUACGAGGGCCAUUAACGCCGACCAUUUCUUCCACAGGUGGACGCUUUCGACGGCAGCAUUCACGUCAUCUUCCGCACCAACUGGCAGUUCUGCCGCUAAGUUUCUUCUUUUCAUUGAGAGGACACUUGGAUAUCUUCUGGGGGGCUGCAGCAGCUGAAGGAACGGAGGAGCGGGAUGAAAAGGGGAUGAUGAUGAAACUUUUCUUUUGUGCUCCGCUUUUCAAUGUUAUCGAGGAUGUGGUGGGGGGGAGGGAAUUUGAAGCCGAGGGAUCUUGAGGAGGAUGAGGGGGAUUGGAAAGGGAGUGGUGGAUAACGAGCGGAUGAGUGGGGAAGUGGUUUCUUCUUUGAGUCUUUGGAUCUGGUCUCAUCCGGUUUGUGGGGGGGACUUUUGAAAAAGAUGCUCUCUCUUUUUUUGUUUUUGAGAUUGAGUUAUGAAAUUUGAUUUUGCUUGUUUCCCUGAAACGUUUCGCCUGAGCCGUUUGUUGACGAGUGUGGACUGGGCUGUGCGCCCCUUAUCUCCCCUGAGUGUCCCUGAGAAAAAGUAAACAAAGAGAUUGUGUGUGCCUAGUCGUUUUGUCUAGGGCCCCACGCUGAGCAAGUAUAUAUGGUAGCUGUCUCCUCUGGAAAGGGCAGAUAUAUUUACAAAAGGGC